AUGAGUCGCAGUGAAAAACUUACAGCUGACAACAUGGUGUUCGCCUCCACUUCAGUGGCAACAGGCAACGCCACUGGAGUUGUCGUGGAAACAGGCAUGAAGACUCGUGUGGGGUCCAUUGCUGCUCUACUGCAGGGAGGAGGUGCGGACGGUUCCAAGCGCCCCAAUUGCUGGCGUCGCUUUGUGGACAAAUACUACCCGAAGAUGACUCCUCUUCAAGAAAGCUUGCACAAAUUGGGUGUGUUCAUGGGCACAGUCGUGCUGGGCGUGUGUGUGAUCGUCUUCAUUGUCGGCAUGGUGCGCGGUAACGCAGACCCAAAGAACCCGGAGCGGUCUGUCACGCUUUAUGUGGUGAUGAUCGCCGUCUCCCUCGCUGUCAGUGCUGUACCUGAGGGUCUACCAAUGGUCGUGACGAUCUGUUUGUCCACCGGUACAGCCGACAUGGUGAAGAAGAACGUCCUUGUUCGCAAACUUGCUGCCGUUGAGUCGCUGGGCGCUAGCUCAGUCAUUUGUACGGACAAGACAGGCACGCUUACUGAAGGCAAGAUGACGGCCGUCAAGAUGUGGAGCGACUCGAUUGUGUACGACAUUACCGGCACGGGUUUCAACCCAACUGGUGACAUUCUCCACAACGGAGUGAGCCAGCUUAAGGCUCCAGCCGUGUCUAUCCCAGUGCGUACUACGUUGUUGUCAGCGGUGCUAUGCAGCAACACGAGUUUACAGCAGGAGGAGAGCGAAACCGGAGCACCGAUGUGGGUCCCGAUGGGAAACUCGUCUGAAGCCCCACUGGUCGUUGCUGCCGCCAAAGCAGGAAUCUGGCGCGAGGAAGUUAUGAAGACGUACCCUCGAGUGGCAGAGGUGCCGUUCUCGUCUACAAGGAAGAUGAUGAUUACUGUCAACGAGCUGCCUGCCGGUGAGCCACGCUUGGACAUGCUCCAGCUUCCUGCCAAGACGAUGAUGGUUGCAAAUGUGAAGGGAGCUCCCAACUACAUUGCCAAGAAUUGCACUCAACUGCUGCGUACUGACGGAUCUGUCACGCCGAUGCACGAUCGCGAGCGUGAAAGUAUCUUGGAGGCCGUUGAUGCUCUAUCUUCGCAAGCACUGCGCGUACUUGCUGUUGCAAUUCGUCCGCUGGACAGAAUGCCGUUUUCGGAGGACGAAGAAGAUGUCGAAGCCAAGUUUGAGGCUCUUUGCGCGCCUCUUAUCUUCGUCGGACUCGUUGCCUCCAUUGAUCCCCCUCGAGAGGGUGUGAAGGAUGCCAUUCACACGGCCCGUGAGGCUUCAAUCCGGACUGUUAUGAUCACUGGUGACUACCUCAAGACGGCAGUGGCUAUCGCUCGUGAUAUUGACCUGCUCCCUGUCGGCGCAGAUGCCGAAUCCCAAGCAGUGGAUUGCGGCGUGUUGCGUCCCCGUCAGAACUUGUAUCUGCCUGAUGCUGAGCUGGAUGAAAUCACCAGUCAAGUGUCGGUGUUUGCCCGUGCGAAACCGGAAGACAAGAUCGAGAUCGUCAAAUCUCUGCAGCGUCAAGGUCACGUUGCGGCUAUGACCGGUGACGGUGUCAACGAUGCACCGGCCCUAAAGGAAGCCGACAUCGGUGUGGCCAUGGGUAUCGCUGGUACCGCCGUCGCGAAGGGUGCCUCGGAUAUGAUCCUUACUGAUGACAACUUCUGCAGCAUCGUGUCCGCAGUCGAGAAGGGCCGAGAGAUUUACGGCAACAUCCAGCGCUUCGUGUGCUUCCUGUUAUCGACCAACUUUGGCGAGAUCACUCUGAUUUUCACAGCUAUCGCUGCCGGUAUGCCCAAUCCUUUGGAGCCACUGCAGAUCCUGGUGCUCAACCUGUUUGCCGACGGUAUGGCUGCUGUGGCGCUCAGUUUGGAGAAGGGAGAUGGUACAGUUAUGUCGGAACGCCCACGUCCCCGCUCGGAGCGCAUCAUCUUCGGUCGUCUGUGGGUCAUUGUGCUGUCGAACGCCUUUUUGAUCGCUUUUGGAGCUCUGAUCGUGUUCACGUGUGGUCUCUACUGGAACUUUGAGAACAUUUUCCUCGAUGAUAUCACCGCCGGCAUCGAUACGGACCAGGGUGAAGAGGCCUACAGGAACGUAGUGUGUUCACGCUGGAUGGGUCUGGGCAAUGAUCGCCAGGCAUACAGCAAUUGUGGAGCACGUUCGCUCAAUGGCACGUACCUGUUCGACGAGAGUAUUCGUUCACUGGACUACUACGAGAGCGAUGACCUCCUGUGUUACGGUGGCGACUACGAGUGCGUGUCUGAAGGCACGUCACGCUCGCAGACGAUGGCUUUCGUCUACAUCACGACUAUGGAGAUGCUACGUGCCUACACCGCUCGCAGCUUCACCAAGUCUGUGUUCAAGGACAUGUUCAGCAACAAGUGGAUGCAGAUGGCUGCUGUGGGCUCGUUGGCGUUGACUCUGUCAGUCACAAACAUCCCUGUCAUCAGCGACGAUCUCUUCGGUUUCUCGCACAUUGAAUGGUACGAGUGGAUGUUCUCGAUGGUGUUCGCGCUGGUCAUGGUGGCUUUCGGUGAGACGCUCAAGUUCAUGUACCGCCGUCGUGACCGCAGCAAACUUCGCAAGGCUGCGGAAGACAACUACGCCGGAAUGGUGGAGGAGAUUCGCACGUUGCGCAACCACAUCGAGCAUCUCGAAACCAAAUGGGAAACGGAGAUGCACCAGCUCCGCAUUCGCGUAGGCGACGAACCUGCUACUUUCUCCCCUGAUGGUCAGUCGACGCUUACGUCUUCGUCGUCGUCCGGCUCGAGCGAGGAAAGAUCGCUUUCGAAACCGCUACAGUAG